CAAAAAACAAAUGACAGCACAUAGGAGGGGUGUGGUAUAUAUAUUUCAGCCACGACGGUUGCGUUCCUCUCAUUUGCUCUUCUUGGGUUCUCGAAUCUUUCAAAUUCUGUCGACACAUACACAUCUAUCUACACUUCUUCUUCCUCUGUUUUUCCCUCUCUCUAGAAUCCGAAAUUCUCUACAGCCAGACGUAGAAGAGGAGGAAUGCUGUUCUGUAACGUGGGAAUGUACCAGAACAAAGAUGGGGACGCACUACCUAAUAACAACAACGGAAUCAAGAUUUUCUACCGAACCUACGGCAGAGGACCUGUUAAAGUUCUUAUGAUCAUUGGAUUGGCUGGCACGCACGAUUCUUGGGGCCCACAGAUAAAGGGUCUGGUCGGAACUCUGACUCCGAACGACGAAGAAUUACCGACCGGUGAUCGGAGCAAUGGAGAUGGCGGGGUAGGUGCGUGUGUGGAGGUUUGUGCUUUCGAUAACCGAGGAAUGGGUCGGAGCUCCGUUCCCACAAAAAAGUCAGAAUAUACGACGAGAAUAAUGGCAAAAGAUGCAAUAGCUCUAAUGGAUCAUUUGGGCUGGGAAAAAGCUCAUGUUUUUGGACAUUCGAUGGGUGCUAUGAUUGCUUGUAAGCUUGCUGCUAUGGUGCCUGAAAGAAUUUUGUCUUUGGCUUUGUUGAAUGUAACUGGUGGAGGUUAUGAAUGCAUACCAAAGAUUGACCGUCAAACUUUGUCUAUUGCAAUGCGUUUCCUAAGGGCAAAAACUCCUGAGCAGAGAGCAGCUGUUGAUUUGGAUACCCAUUACUCACAGGAAUAUCUUGAAGAGUAUGUUGGACAAAAGACCAGAAGAUCAAUCUUAUACCAAGAAUAUGUAAAAGGCAUAUCAGCAACUGGUAUGCAGUCAAAUUAUGGAUUUGACGGUCAGGUUAAUGCUUGCUGGACCCAUAAAAUGUCACGAGCGGAGCUAGAGUCUAUCCGUCUGGCUGGAUUUCCUAUAUCAGUAAUUCAUGGCAGGCAUGAUGUCAUUGCUCAGUUGUGCCACGCAAAACGACUUGCAGAGAAAUUGUAUCCAUCUUCAAGAAUGGUUGAACUUAAUGGCGGACAUCUAGUUAGCCAUGAGAGGACUGAAGAGGUCAAUAAGGCUCUUUCUGAGUUGAUCAAAGCAUCAGACAGUAUGACAAGUCUAUGCGAGUGGACAAAUUUGUCCAAUAAAAGCUGUGGGUGUAAAUAUACUAGUCGGAUAUCAUUAUUGAGAUCAAAGAGUUCAUUUUUCAUUGUUGGGAGCAUAGAGAAGCUACACAUUUUCCUAGCGUACUUUUUUGGCCUCUUUGUAUUGGCAUUUGAGAACAUACGAAGAGGUGUGCAGAGGCUUAAACCCGUUAGAGUAGGAUCUGCUCUUACAUUAAGCUAACGUCCCAUCAAGCUUUCUCUACCGUUUGUAGGGAUUUCUUGUGUCUUCUUGGACCCAAAAAUGUACAGGAAACUAGGUCAGAGACCAAUCAACAAGAUGAUUAUUGAAUCGACUAUGGCAUUUCAGUUCAAAAACACAGCAUGGAAUGAUUAUGAGAAUGAGAAGGUCUGGAUGCAGCCAGAACUGCUUCUGGCAAGGCCAAGGAACCUUGCACUUGCAGCAACAAAACCCUGCUUCCAGCUCCAUCUUGAAUGAAAUGGAAUGCAUAGUGGACAUAUAUUUUCCAUUUAUUCAACUUAGACAAUCCAUUGUAAAUCCCUUCUGAAAUAUGUAGGGAAUAUUGGAAAUUACAGUUUUCUUGAUUACUUCUCCAUCCUCAGCUUGAAAGUUUCCCAUAAAAGAACUAAAUAAUUUACUUGAAACACUUACCCUCUUA